UUCGAAACGCACAUAAUUACUGCGGGAGCGGAACGUUUUCUACUAUAUCACAAGCAAACACCGUUACAAUCGGACUGUUUUCCACGCUUACCUCUCCCGGUGGACAGUUCCACUGUACCAUGACCGCUAUCAAGGACAGUUCAAAGGAACUGUGGGUACCGACCAUACAAAACUUAGCGGCCUGCGAUUGUGGUUGGAAGCAAAUGGCUACAAUCCUUGGAGGACAAGAAACGGGCGUCAACGAGUACCCUUCGAUGGCGGGGCUGGUAAAUCUGAACCCUUUCAUCAUAAUUUGCGGGGCUAGCAUAAUCUCUGAAUUUUUCGUGUUGACCGCCGGUCAUUGCGUCUACAAUAGAGAUCGCAGCACGUUUUCGGUUUUAGUGGGCGGGCACAACAUCACUUCAGGAACCACCCCUUAUUCGAAGAUUUAUAAUGUUAACACCUACGAAAUCUUCCCCAACUUCAGUCUAAUUAAUACGGUGAUAGCUGACAUCGCGAUCAUUCAAACUCAAAACCAAAUAGUGUUUAGUUUAUAUAUCGGUCCCAUAUGCUUACCAUUUCGGUACAAAACCUCCGAUUUCGUUGGUCAACUUGUUACGGCAUUGGGAUGGGGUAGCCUGAACGUUUCCGAUAGCCAAUCGGACGUGCUAAGGAAGACAAGUCUCACUGUAAUUUCAAACCAGCAGUGCGCCCGGGACCAGACUGAGAAUAUCAACAACAAUCAUAUAUGUACAUUUACUCUGAGACAUCGCGAGUGCGCUGGUGAUUCUGGAGGCCCGUUGCUGUGGAUGGAUCCGAGCACUCAAAAGUUGCAUCUUAUCGGGAUCAUAUCCCACGGGCUCGACUGCAAUAUCGACAGUCCCUCAAUUAACACCAGGGUUACUUCGUAUUUGGAUUGGAUCGUUGCCAGAACUGGUAUGUAA